UUGGCCGCGCCAGAUUGAAGAUCAAGUGGAGCGCAAAAAAGAUUCACUUGGAAAAUAGUGAAGAUUUAAUUUUACUAUAUUUUAGAAAGAUUUAGUGAAGAUUUAAAUUUAUAUUUUAGCUAGAUUUAUUAUUUUUAUAUUUUAGUAAGAUUUGUUAUUUUUAUUUAGCUAGGUUUGUUAUUUUCUUUUACAAUCUUUUAGGAGAUUUGUUAUUUUUAUUUUUCACUACUAUUUAAGCUAAACUAUUGUAGCCUUGAAGGCAACCUUCUUUUGAUUGAAUAAAAAUACAGAGAUUUUUCUCAAAUUUGGUGGAUUAAAUUACUCCUUCUGGUGGAUUCCGGAAGUCUAGUGGAUUCUAGAUUAGUUACUCUUUCUGGUGGAUUCCGGAAAUCUGGUGGAUUCCAGAGCCUUAUCUAACAGUGAGAUUUUGGAGUGAUGAAGAUAAAGAAUAAGCAAAAGGGUGUUGUUGAGCUUGAUGCUUGUCAAGAUUUGAAUUCUAUGAUCCACGAGAAUGUCCCGUUUUUUGACAAAUUGAUUAAUCUCAUUCCAGAUAAGUUUUAUCUGCCAACUGAUGAUGACGAGAAGCCGUGGUUUCAGGGUCAAAGCAAGGGUGCAAAAGAUGAGGCAAAGAAAAGAACUAAAGAAAAUGUUAAGAAAUCUAAGGAAGACCGUUUAGACCCUAACAAGUCAUUUGCAACUACGCUUGACCUUCUCAAACAAUUUUUGAGAAAAGAAAAUGUGAAUGAUAGUGAUGAAGUGGAAGGUGUGGUUAAGCGUUUUAUGUCAGGGUUGGACGGAGAUGAUCGGUCUUUGACCUAUGAAGAACUACGCCAAAGGCUUCAUCGCAAACUUGAAGAGUUUCGGUCAAAUUCUGGAAAUGCUAAGAGGGGUGAUAGAAGGAUAGAAUUUUCGGAGAAGAAACGCAAGAGGGAUAAUGAGACUGAGUUGUAUGAAAGUAAGCCUAAAACUGGUGACUCGCCAGAGAAGCUGAAGAAGGAUGCCACCGAGGCUGCUAAUGAGCUUGUGUUUGGCAAUGUUAAACUUCAGGAUGGCGAAAUGCAAGGGAAGAAAAGAAAAAUUUCAAAGCAACAGGUACUCGAAAGAGCUAAGAAGUUAGAGGAAUUGAAGAAGAAUGAUCCUGAAAAGGGUGAAGCUAUUGCUAAAAAGGAAGCAUGGAAAGCAGCAUUGAAAAGAGCUUCGGGAAUUAAAGUUCAUGAUGAUCCUAAACUGAUAAAGAAAAGUAUUAAGAACAGGAAGAAGAGGAAACAGAAAAGUGCAGAGGAAUGGGAAGAGAGAAUUCAAUCAAGGGAUCAGUUGAAGGAAGAGAAACAACAGAAAAGGUCAGCAAAUAUAGCUGAGAGGAUUCAUGAUAAGAAAAUGAGGAAGAUUGCAAAGAGAGAGAAGAAGCUAUUACGACCUGGAUCAGAAGGUCGUAACUCGUAAGAAAGGUUUUCUUAAUGGCGGUUCCGGCUAACAUGGCUAUGAAAUUUAUUGAUUUGCACCAUUUCUUUGCAUUUUAUCAAAGACAGAAAAAUCACCUAACAAUUUCAGUGUCUGGUUUGGUAGACUUGCUUAUAUUUAUUAGUUUAUGUUUUCUCUUUUAAAUCCCAUGGUAUAUUUUCGCAAUUAUGCAGCCCUUUUGAUAUUCUAACAUUUUAUGAAACAGUGAUUUACAUGUUUUCUUUGUAUCA